AUGGCAGAGGCCGCAGCCGACGGACCUCCCCGACGACACACCCAGGCGGCCGGGCGACCGAGGUCCGCGACUCGCCUUCGUCGUGGCCUCCCACUCGACACCGCCGACGUCGAUGCCGUCAGCGGGCAGCCCGACGUCGAGGCAUCGCCGCCGAUGCUUCGACGACGAAACACGCGGCCGGCGACGACCAAGACCAUCGUCGACGACCUCGACGCCUUCAAUCUCGCCGGACGGCCCGGCUGGCAGCCCGGAUCCGAGCCCGGCUUCGACCCCGAGCUGCCGGAUGGCGGCCACGCCUCGAUGCCGGCCCUGAUGGCCGCCUGCGACAUCACCGUCGUCGACUUCUCCCUCGAACGCAUGGCCAAGAUUCAUCUCGGCAACGAGGCCUUCAUCGCCUUUCUCGAGCGCCCGAGGCCGUCGUGGGGCCGCUGCCGGUGGAUCAACGUCAACGGCAUCAGCUGGGACGUCCUCCAGGCCGUCGGGACCUGCAAAGGCCUGCACAAGCUGGCGCUCGAGGACGUCAUGAACCUCCGAAACCGCACAAAGGCCGACUGGUACCCCAACCACGCCUUCAUCAUCAUGACGCUGCAAAAGCUCGUCCACCUCGUCGACGACGAUUCCGACGCCGCCCACGACGACUCCUCGUCCGCCUCGUCGACCCGUUCCCGCCGCCGCCGCCGCCGAGCCUCCCCGCUCAAGCCCUGGACCUGGUGGCGCCGCGCGCGGCCGUCCGACGCCGAAAAGCACCUCCCCCCCGAUGCCGACGGCCCCGUGCUCGCCGACGGCUCCCGCCUCGACCGGACGGCGAUGCUCCGCUCCAUCCAGCGCUACCACGCCUCGGGCAACGAGGCCCGCACCGAAUUCAUGGAGAGGCACUCCUCCCUCGCGCCUUACGGCAUGGCCGUCUCGGCCGAGCAGGUCUCCGUCUUCCUCACAAACGACAACACCGUCAUCUCCUUCUUCGAAGUCUCGGCCGCCGACGUCGAGCGGCCCAUCGUCACGCGCCUGAGCAACCCCGGCACGACGCUGCGCGAGUCCUGCGACGCCUCCCUCCUCGUCCAGGCCAUCGUCGACGCCAUCGUCGACCUCGCCCUGCCGCUGACGGCCGUCUACACCGACCUGCUCGCCGACCUCGAGCUCGACGUGCUGACGGCGCCGUCCAUCAAGCAGUGCCGCGCCCUCUACAUCUGCAUCUCCGAGCUCAACAAGAUGCUCCGCUUCCUCCACCCCGUCGACAACCUCGUCAACGUCCUGCGCGACCACCGGACCGAGCUCGACCAGGACGCGGCCGCCCGCGCGCUCGGGAGGGCCGACGCCGGCGUCAUCGUCACGCCCAUGACCCACACCUACCUCGGCGACGUCCUCGACCACUGCCUCAUCAUCACCGAGGCCAUGCAGCAGCUCAAGCAGUCGAGCGAGAACCUCAUCAACCUCAUCUUCAACACCAUCACGGCGAACCAGAACGAGUCGAUGAAACAGCUCACCACCGUCACCAUCAUCUUCCUGCCCCUCACCUUCAUCACCGGUUUCUUUGGCCAAAACUUUGCCGUCGACCAGUUUCCCGAGAUACAGAACGGCAUCUGGUACUUCUGGGCGUGCGCGGCACCGACCGUCGUCGCCACCAUCGUCAUCCUCAUGCGUGGCAUGCUGUACCAGUGGUUCGUCCGCCUGCGACAGCGUCAAGACAUUGGCAACCUUCGCAAGCGCUCCCAGUCGCGGCGGCGGACAAAGCGGCGCACCGCCCUCUGA